UAACAGGAGCGUACACAGUGCCAUCAAGAUGAAGCCAGCUGAAGUGUCAAUUAAGAACCAGUCCCAACUGUUUAAACUAGGACAGGAAAAAAGAUUUAUCAGGCUGGAGAAGCCCGCGUUUCGGCUAGGCGAGUCCGUGAGAGUGAUGCUAAAAAAAGCCCAAUUCAGCAAAGGCUAUACUCGAACAUUUUCUGAUGAAGUGUAUAAAAUUGCUGAUAUUGUUUACGGACCGGUGAUAAUGUAUCGACUAGAAGAUUCUGAUGGCCGUCUAGUAAAAGAACGGCAGAAUGGGCGGGCGUCGCAGUUGUUCUAUGAAGAGGAUUUAGCAAGUGCUCGAAGAUCAUGAACCGACGUGCAACGCGCAAAGCAGAAAUGAUGGACAACGGGUUUUACGUAACACUGCACAGUGCGGCCGCCCUGGCAUAUGGAACCCAAAUUCUGCACUAUACCGCAACCCAUUUUGCCAAUAAGCUGCAGUUUCCGCUGCUAUCAUUUAGGGAACAAGAGAAACCCUGGGAAGUAGCUCUUGUUCGUGCUCAUUCAUCUGCCAAGUUCACUCGAAUUCCACUGGAACAACGCCAAAUCUCCAUCUUUCACGGAAAGUGUGGUGAAUCGUUCAUCGAUGGAUUUCUCGCAGAGACGGAUUUUGACUUGCCGCCGGCCGAAUUUGUAGCCGCGGUUAAUAAGGUGGUGGAAGCGAUGGUCGUUAGCUGUGGAACCACAACAUGGACCGAAGAAAAGCCGCAGAUUCAACUCGUGGACGGAAAAUUUCAAUGGAUUAGCAAAAAUUAUGGCUAUCAAUUUGUUGACCGCGGCAAUUUGUUGUCGGCUGCUCUUGGCCUGACAUACGACGAAGCGCUGGGGAUAUCCCGUCAACAUGUAACCACAUCCUACGUUCACGAUCAGUCAUUUCAUAAAUACGGCGAUACACGCUUCAUUAGACAUCGACUCCCGGUUGACCCGACACGCGGCCGACGUCAGAUUGCGCUCUUAUUAAAUCAUGUUAUUCCAACAGCAUUCGGAGGCAGGCUAGAAAACAUCUUGGCGAUAGCGACUGCCGAAGAUAUGAAAAGCGGCUAUGAGCCAAAAAAUCGAAUUUACGUUCCUGUUCACAACUGGUUCAGCAAAUCAAAUCCGGAGGUUACCCUGAAGUCAGACUGGCAAAUGGAGUGGACGGACGAAAGCCUUGGCGAAACAACGAUUACACUUCACUAUCGAAAAUCCCGGCGACAAACACAAAUGGAUUUCUGA